GUUGCUGGGUUGCCGCUGGGGAUGUGCUGGAUCCUGCUCUUCUGGCCGAAUUUCAUGCCCGUCACCCUGGUAAACCUGCUCCUAGACCCCGUGGGCGUCCCAAGCGCUCACUCUCCUCCUCGGUUCCGGUGCGUCGGGGUUCCCAGUCUCGCAACCCCCGCCUGUCUGGCACCUCUGUGGUUUCUCCUGCUCCUCCCGCCGGUACUCCCUGCCCGUCGGGUGGACGUCGUCGUGGUCGUCCCCGUUCCGUCUCCGUCUCGACUCCCUCGGGGGGAGGUACUGUCACGUCUGGUGCUGUUAGCUCCUCUGUUUCUCCCACACCCAGCUCUGACAGAGGUUCUCAGGACAAAGACUACACUACCCAGAAUGCACCACCCGCUGACAUCACGCACUCACCUGAUCACGUGACACCUCACCUGCUUCCUCCAGGAAGCCCCGAAUAUUGAUUACUGGCACUAUAAAGGUGCACGCCAAACAGACUUCAUCGCCGCGUAUUGUAGGUUCUCCUCGUACAAAGCGUUACUUAUCUCUUGUCUCAGUUUACUUUGUGUAUGACCUUGCUUUUGUUUUCUCGACGCCGAUUCUUGCCUCUGCCUUUGAUAUUGGAUUGUUUUGUGUAUGACCUGGACUGUGCUUUCACCACCGCCUCUUGGAUUAUCUCUGAUACUGGAUUGCUUGUGUAUGAACUCUGGACUGUCUCUCGUUUAUGGUAUGGUUUUGUCUUCAUUGCUCUGUCUACUGGUGACCACCCUUGUUUCUGUAUCGACCCUGAUUACAUCUGUUUAUUCCUAUAAUAAACAUCUAUUGUUUUUAUCAGUAUCUGCGCUUGUCUGCUAUUCUGUUCUGACCAUGACAUUGUCUUCUGGUUACCAUCCUCAAAGCAAUGGUCAAUGUGAAUGGAUGAGUCAGAAACUAGGGAAGUUUCUAAAAAUCUAUUGAUCAAAUAAUAUUCAUGAUUGGGCCAAAUUCCUCCCUUGGGUUAAUUAGGUAAAAAUUCUCUGAUCAGUUCCACCACGAAAAUGACGCCUUUUCAAUGCUUUCUAGGAUACCAACCCCCUAUCAUGCCCUGGUCAGCCAAGCCCUCAGACAUCCCUGCUGUGGACGAAAGGAUGUGUCGGAGCGAGGAAGUGUGGGAGGAGACUCACAGAUGCAUUGAGGCUGUUUUAGAGUGGCAGAAACAACAAGCUGACUGCCUACAUCGUGAGAACCCCCUUUACUCUCCUGGGGAUUGGGUUUGGCUAUCCACCAGGGAUUUUCUGCAACCAGAUGGAAAUAAGAAACUAUCAGCUAAGUAUAUUGGUCCAUUCAAAAUCAUUAAGAGAAUAAAUGAAGUUACCUACUGUCUCAAUAUACCCUCUCACUAUCAUGUAUGCCCUUCUUUCCAUGUUUCCUUGUUAAAGCCGGUUAUCCCUGGUCCGCUGGAUGAGACAUUGCAUGGGGUGCCUCCUCCUCCAGUGGCCAUGGAGGGUGGUCCUGUUUAUGCAGUGGAACAACUAUUGGACUCCAGGAGGAGAAGGGGAGCCCUGGAGUAUCUGGUGGACUGGAAGGGUUACGGACCUGAAGAAAGAAGUUGGGUCCCAGCAACUGAUGUCCUGGAUCCCUUACUGGUGGAGGACUUCCACCGGUCUCAUCCAUCCCGUCCUGUGCCAUUCCCCAGAGGAAAAAAAUCUGCUGUACCAAGAAGGGGUAGGCGCAGUGGUUCAGUCUCUGUCCAGUCCCUCAGUCCUGUCCUCGGCUCCAGGAGGGGUCGUCCCAGGUCCAGGGCUUUUUGUGAUUAUGGAAAGUGCUGGUCCUAGGAUUACGCAUGGUGUGAUUAUUGGUCAAAUUAAGUAGUAUUCUCAUUUUUAGGCAGUCAACUAACGUUAAAAGCAAAGUAAAAUAUUUUGUGCCAAGCCUGCUUGGAUAGAUUCCGUCAUGCCUGUAGAACGAAGUUGAUUUAAAAAAACACAAGAAAGCGCUUUUGUCAUCCGAAAUGCUUUGGUGAUAAAAGCUAGGGAUGGGCGGUGUGACACUAAGGCUUCGAAGCUUGCGUCACUAUCCCGACAAGUGCUGAUUUGACACAGUGUACCGGAGCUUGUAUUGAAGUCACUACGUGACCAUGAUGUUUGAAGCUUUGAACGCGUCAAUGAACCCCGGAAAUGGGCGGGACUUUGGUUCAAAGGUGCUAACCCAUGUCUCACUGACUCUUCACUCUGCUCUGCUGGUGUGAUGCUGUUAGCUUGCUCUACUCUUCAGCUUCUACACUUUUCUCUGUUUUCUUCUCUUUCACUCUCCUUUACUCUUCCUUUACUCCUCACACUUACUAAUCCACUGUGGUACAAUGAUCAAACUCAUACCUUAAAGCAGUUAGUAUGAAAUUUAGAGAUCAACUAAACUGGAAGUGUUUCACUCUGCGUGGAAAGACAGUCUUGUUAAAUAUAGAAAAGAACUUAGUAAAGCCCGCUCAGCGUAUCUGGCCUCACAGAUCGAGAUAAAUAAAAAUAAUCCUAGAACCAGAUAAAUAGCACAUCCUCUCUGUCAUCUGGUCUGGCUGAUCUAGAACAAAACCCUGUUACUGAAGUUAGGUUGGAAGUCUUUAACCCACUUCCACAGCUAGAACUAGAGAAAAUGAUCUCCUCUUCAAACAGCACAACCUGCACACUUGAUGCAGUCCCCACAAAAUUACUAAAACAGGUACUGCCAGAUAUAAUUAAACCUCUGUUAAUGAUAGUAAACUCAUCACUCACCCUGGGCCAUCUACCCAAAGCCUUUAAAACAGCUGUAAUUAAACCUCUGAUCAAGAAACCAAAUCUUGAUCCUACUGUACUGUCUAACUAUAGACCUAUUUCAAACUUACCCUUUAUUUCUAAGAUUUUAGAAAAAGCUGUAGCCCAACAACUUUGCUCUUACCUGCAAAGAAACCAAAUCUAUGAAAAAUUUCAAUCUGGAUUUAGGCCUCAUCAUAGCACUGAGACAGCUUUAGUUAAAAUAACAAACGAUCUACUUAUUGCCACCGACCAAGGCUGUGCUUCCCUACUGGUACUUCUGGAUAUGAGCGCAGCCUUUGAUACAAUAGAUCAUACUAUCCUUUUAGAAAGAUUAGAGAACAUGGUUGGUGUAACCGGAACUGCCUUAGCAUGGUUUAAAUCGUACUUAACCGAUCGCUAUCAGUUUGUGAGGAUAAAUGAUAUGUCUUCCAGUUAUACCAAGGUAAGAUAUGGAAUUCCACAAGGCUCUAUAUUAGGACCGUUAUUAUUUACAUUAUAUAUGCUCCCACUGGGCAAAGUUAUUAGAAAACAUAACGUAAAUUUUCAUUGUUAUGCGGAUGACACGCAGCUCUUCAUAUCAGCCAAACCUGAUGACAGAGUGAGAUUAAAGAAAAUCGAGGAUUGUGUAGAAGAUGUAAAAUCAUGGAUGUCGCACAACUUCCUCCUAUUAAAUAGUGAUAAAACAGAAGUUCUCCUAUUAGGCCCCAAAGCUGCUAGAUAAUAAAUUAUCAGACUUAAUGUUAAAUCUGAACGAAUUCUCCGUUACACCUGGUUCAGCAGCUAAACACCUUGCAGCUAUCAUAGAUUCAGAUCUAGCAUUCGAUAAACACAUAUCUAAUGUAACUAGAACAGCUUUUCUACACCUCCGUAACAUCGCCAAACUAAGAAAUGCCCUAUCACUGCAUGAUGCAGAAAAAUUAGUCCAUGCCUUCAUUACCUCAAGGCUAGAUUAUUGUAAUGCGCUACUGUCUGGAUGUUCCUGCAGUAACUUAAAUAAACUUCAGCUAGUUCAAAAUGCUGCAGCCAGGGUCCAUACUAAAACUAGAAAAUUUGAGCAUAUUAGUCCAGGACUAUCAGCACUGCACUGGAUUCCAGUAAAAUUCCACAUAUAAAGCCCUACACGGGCUCGCUCCUGAGUAUUUACGAGACCUCAUCUCCUAUUAUGAACCACCGCGAUUACUUAGAUCUCAGGGUGCUGGUUUCUUAGUAGUUCCUAAAAUUCAGAGGAGCUCUGCAGGAGGAAGAGCUUUCUCUUAUAAAGUUCCCCAACUCUGGAAUAAUCUCCCCGAAUAUGUUCAGGACUCAAUCUUUAAGUCUAGACUGAAAACUUACUUGUUUAGUUUAGCUUUAUGGAUGUUGGACCCUCAGGCUCUCGCGUCUCCUGUCCGGCCAGACUGAUGGAGUUUCUGAAGUCAGCUCUUCUCCAUCCACCACCACAGAUCAGCUGCUCAUCAUCCAUCUCACUCUCCACUACAGAUUACAUCCAAGCUUACAUGAACUGCAUUUGCUUCCAUUAGUGGCACUGCUAUACUCCUGAAAAUAUAACACCUAUAUUGAUGUAUAAAGACUUUUUAAAUUAAUUUAAAAGCCGUUUGACCAGUGGUAGGAUGGUCCCCCCUUUUAUGUGAGUCUUGGUCCUCCCAGUGUUUCUUCCUCCUCCUGCAGCUCUGAGGGAGUUUUUCACUGGGGGUUCUGUAUUCUGUAUUUUCUAUGUUUAAUGUUUUGCCUGAUUCUUUGUCCUGUGAUCAUGUUUCUGUAAAGCUGCUUUGUGACAACACCAGUUGUAAAAUUGUAAAAAGCUCGAGAUGUCUCCUUUGUGUUGAACAGUAUCAUUAUUGAUCUAGCAAACAAUAUGGAAUCUUCCACCACCUCUAUCUCAACCAAGCAUUCCAUUGCUUGGGAACAUUUUGAAAAAAUCGCGAGAAACAGGGUAAGCUCUAAAUAUAUAGAAACAUCUUAUUAUGUUAAUUUACAUUCACCAUAUAGUGUGUUAUUCUAAUUAAAUUAUUUAGAUUUUAAAGGUGCAGUGCCAGGAGUUGGCAUAUAAUAAUAACACCUCCUCAAUGCUGAGACGCAAAGCACGAGAGCAUCUCAGCACCGCAUUCCUCCAGUGCCAAUCUUGAGAUUUCACCAUUUGGUUUUCUUCAUAUUUUAUAAUUGUUAAAAUGUUUAUUUAUUUUAACAUAAAUUCAAUGUAAAACAUU